GUACCGGUAUGUACAUUUAGUACGUACGACAUUGACCCGUAACAAUAAUAUUCUUCAUCACUAAUUUGAUCACCGUCCAAAACUCGAGUCGAAAAUAUGAAAUAUGUUUUCCCGUUCUUCCUGCUCCUGCGAUACACUAAGGAAACGAUGCUGCUUUGGUAGACACACCCCAAACCAACCGUUGCUGAUCUUUUCGAUGCCAUGACACCAUCACCCAUCAACAAAAACACCGCCCCCAUCAGGGGGGUUCGUACCAUUGCAUCCAUCAAGAGAGAACUCGAACGGCUUGCCGAACGACACAGCCGCCUUUUGCCGAUAGACGACAACCACCACGGAAGCGAUUGCAACAACAGUGCGAACAUGACUGGAACGAAGGCUAAAAAGAAGAACCGGAAAGGAUUCCUCCAGCACCGCCACAUAAAGAGCGAAUUUCACGGGAAUUACGCCGACAACGACGCAGACACCAACGACUCCGGGGACGACUAUUAUCUCUCCCUGUUUGAAGAAUUUGCGAUCACUGUCUGCCACACCGGUGUGAUACCGCGGAAGGAGCUCUUCGAAGCAUGGGCUAUGGCUCUGUACGUGAACCACUACUUUCCAACCUCCGGCGAAGGGAGAGAGGGCCAGCGAUGCUACCAGCGCGUGGCGGAUCUCUGCAGCGGACACGGGCUUGUGUCCUGGGCGAUACUGUUCCUGGACGAGCACAGGAGCCGGACGGCCGUCUGCAUCGAUAUUAGCAUACCCAAGGCCUGCGACAUUGUUGAGAGCGUCAUGCUUCGGCGCCACCCGGAGGUUGCAACCUUUGAAAAAGCUCCAAGCCGCGAGGGGGAAACGAAUCAAGAAGAACAAGCAGCACAGCCUGCAGCAACGCCAGCCGAGACCUCCACGAGGAAGAGAUGGCACUGGAUCGAGGGGGACAUUUGCCGAAACGUCUCGGCUGACUCCUCCACCCUCAUCGUGGGUGUCCACUGCUGCGGAACACUGUCGGAUUCGAUACUCGAUCUCGCCAUUCAGUCGGGGUCCGCCCUGGCCCUCGUUCCCUGUUGCCACACGAGGCGGUCCCUACCCUACGAGUACAAGCCUCACAAGGCCUUUGAUGCGCUGAUCGAGCAGAACAUCGAAAAAAACAAAGCGUUGGCGCUCCCGCAAACCGAUCCCACCACGAUGCCACUCUCAUCCGAAGGGCAAGAAGGAGACGGAGAACAGCCGGCGCCGGAACUUCUUCCGACCACGCUGACCGACGUCAUCGAUGGAUUUCGGAUAGAGCGCCUGGUCAACGCGGGCUUUGACGUGCAGGUAGAAUCCAUCCCAUCCGUGAUCACACCAAAAAACAGAAUUAUUGUCGCCUCCCCACCACCUGACAGUAGCUGCCAGUCCGGAAGCGCCGGUGGCGACCAAGGGCAAGCAGCAUUCCGGGACGCGAACGAGUGCACCGAGAAGAAAACUGCCCCAAACAACAUCAGAAACAAGCGGGCCUUCUCGAUCCCUCUAGGCGAUACCCCCGAGGCACGGGCGGUCGUCGCAUCUCAGUCGGGGAGGCUCGCCGCGAACCUGCGGGACCGCAGGCCCGCGCCGAAUCUUUCCCUCUCGAUCUAUCUGCCGAGCCCCGACGAGUGCCCAACGGAGGAAAACCUCCAGGCUCUCGCGGACAGAGUUGCCGGGGGAGAGGCGCACCGAUAUUAUGCAAAACUAGAAGCGUCAGAGGACGCAACAAUCAUUCGAACCCAGGUCCGGUAUGGGGCCGACGGGGUCUAUUCGACCCCGGACGGGCGCUUUUCGAGGUCGUAUCGUAUCCAAUACGGUGUCCACGACGAAACCGGGAGGCUCCCCCAGCUGACGAAACAGCAGGCCAAGGAAUUACACGCAUUAGUUUGCCGUGCGAUUGAGGAGGGUGCUCUCCCGGGAAUAAAGCUUCGGCAGGGAAUGAAGAGACUUAGCUAGGCUGGAACUAAUGCAUUCAGGGUUUGGAUGAGACGAAAAAGUUCCUUUAUCUUCCUCUAGGCGUAGUUACAAUCAACACUCUCUGCGUCUCCCGUCCUCCCCUACUACCCGCAAAGUCACUCCUCUCUUUCACCCAAGAGAUAAGCUAUCAGACAAAAUCGAAGCCAGCGACACCAAACUGGUGGAUUGAGCGACACGUUUAGCGUCUGCAUGAUGGUCCAAAUGACACAGGCAAAAGUAGUGAGUCCAAAGCACUCGCUACAUCACUCGGACUUUCCAUGUAUAAAGGUACUCAGAUGAAGUUUUACGUUCGUGAAAUUGGCUACGAGAUCACAAUAUCGUUUACGUGACGACUCUAAGGGUGUGUUAUCAACUAAUGCAUAAUUCAUGAUUGAGAUAUCCUUCCAUGGAAAUGCCAGUGGUACUAUACCAAUUAAAAUUUUCUUUGUGGAUCGAUAGAUACAUUUUUCUUAAGGCUGUUUUGCGAUGCAGCGUUGGUUUGGUAGCCGGUUAAAGUGAUAAAGUUUUAUACUGUCG